ACCACAUAUCCAAGACACUAUUUUAUGAAUAUGUUUUUUCUUAAAUAGCAUUCUAUCCCAUAAUAGCAUGCCAUCUUUCAUUAUGACUUAAAAGAAAAAUUUUGCGGCUAUAUACUUCAAAAGGCAGAGUUUCUGAACCUUGAUUCCAUCACCUUUAAUACUUCGGGAAGGGAGUGAUGAAAAUUAGUUUAGCAAAUAGCAAAGUUAUUGCAGUAUGUUACACAACUUCAUAAUAACUGCGAGACCAACUAGUGUUAGGAGCCUUCUUGGUAUGCAUACAUUGACAAACAUUACCUGUAAAACUAGAAGUUGUCCUUGUUCAUUGUGUACUUGUUGUACAACAUCAUGUGGACAAUCAACAAUAUUAUUAUCAAGCCACUUUUGCCUUGCAUUAGUGCUCAAUGUGUAAGGCAGCUUAGCGCUUCAGUUUAUUUGACUGUUUGGGAUCUAAUGAUGUGAAAUUGUCAGGUCUACUUAUGUUGCUACUACAUAAAUUCUCUCUGUAUUGGACGAGAUGUUGUUUAAGGAGCCACAAGAUCUUAUAUCAGUCAUAUUUUUAGUUGUUUCAUUGGAUUUUGACAUUGGCUGUGACACUUGAAAUUUUUAUAUUCCUUAUUUCACAUACCUAUGAAUGAGAAAUUUAUUGACUGAAUGAGUGGCAGGUAAUACUAGCCAUAUUCCUAGUCCCAGAUCAAAUCACGAAGCUGAAGCAACUUACUGUGCUUUCUCUAGCUGAGAUGAACAGGGUUAUAUCGUACGAUCAACUUCUUGAGCAGCUUGAUCUUUCAAAUGUGCGUGAACUUGAAGACUUUCUUAUCAAUGAUUGCAUGUAUGCAGGCAUAGUCAAGGGGAAGUUGGAUCAUUUGAGAAGAUCUUUCGAGGUUCAGUUUGCAGCUGGGAGGGAUUUGAGACCUGGACAACUAGGAAAUCUGAUACAGACUUUAGAUGAUUGGCUAGACACUACGAACAAUGCGCUUCUGACAAUUGAAGAGAAGAUCAAAUGGGCAGAUAAAAAGUGUGAGUUAGAUGCAAUACACAAAAAGGCAGUCAAGGACAGGGUGGAAGAAGUAAAGAAGUCUGUCAAUAACAAGGCAGAGGUUCUUUAG